AUGCCGCCUUUGAUAGAACGAAAGUCCAUCAACGAACUCCUCUACAAAUCCUUCCCAUCCCGCGAGACUCUGGACCGCGCCAAAACUCAACCCGAACUAGACGCCCUAAACGCAAGCGAUCAAUCCAUCCUCGCCACAGCCCUCGGUGCACCAGGUCGUCAAGUUCUUCGUCGCGCUGAAGAAAUUGGACCCCUCACAGGUUGGCGCGAUGGAUACCUGAGCGUUGAACAUGGCUUUUGUCCACCCGACUACGAAGAGCCAAUCGCUGCUCUCGCCAGAUCCCCCGGACGUAUCUGGUCUGACCUAUGUGAGCGUAUGCCAGGAUGUUGCGCACGAGGUCGUGUUAGAGAAGCUGUCGCGAAACUGCCUCUUGUUGAAGGCACAGACGACAACAUUCCCGACGAUGCGCUUUGGGGAGCCGUUGUUGCGCUCGGUAUGCUGUGCUCUAUUUACCGGUUUGAGGACAAGCAUGAUGGUAAGGAUGGUGUCGCUGUCACUUCUGGUACAUCAACGAGACCUACUUGUGAGAUGGGUGACGAGUUGUGCGAGGAACUCCAAGGUAUCCCCAUGUGCAUUGCACUUCCUUACUACCAGAUCUCGCGACGCAUGGGUCGUACCCUGCCUCAUCUAUCAUUCCCUGAUCAAGCAUCCUACAAUCUGAAGAUCCGUGACACAAAAUCGACAUAUCCGUACCUGGCACGCUUCGACAAUACGGAUCUUCGAUGGCCAAUGUUUGGUGAGCGCGCAGAAGUUGCCUUUCUCAAAGGUUGCGCUGAUACAUCGGCUUCAUUCCAGCACGGCCCCGAUGCCAUCGCCGCUUGUCAAGAGCAUGUCAUGACUGGCAACGUCGAAGGUCUCUUGCACGAGAUGAUUCGUCUCAAGGAAAUCCUCGAACGAAUGCCCAAUGCCUUCCACAGCAUCUCACCAAACCCCAACGCUGGCGACAAUUAUGUGUCUGCCGACAAGUGGGUUCGAUGGGGCCUUUUCUCCGCGCCUCUUUCGAAGCGUUGUCCCGCUGCUUCAGGUUUGCAGUUUCCACCCUAUCUCAUGAUGGAUGCAUUCCUCGGUCGCAAGACACACAACUCCUUCCUCGGUGCCGAAGCCCUCCACCUCCGCGCUUGGCUCCCAUCCAACCACCGUGCCUUCAUCGCCGCCAUUCAAUACCACUACUCCAUCCCUGAAUUCGUCCAGCAAUCCAACGACCCACGUCUCAAAGGUGUCCUCGAAGGCAUCGUGGAAGCAUACACCGGCGAACGUGGCUUCAUGGGCGUACACAGAUACAAGGUUUUUGGCAUUCUUGAAGUUGCUGCAAAGACAGGCCGUACCGCAACCAACGGACUUUCUGGAGCUUCAGACGCCAACAGACCAUGGGAAGAGACCCACCGACAAUUCUCCGAUGCGAUGAAAGAGCGUUUAGAACCUUUUCGAGGCAAGCUUGACUUGGAGCCGCAUUCUAUGAGGGGCACCUUUGAGGAAUGCAGGUACAUGGGCCGGGUAGCUGGUGUGAGCUCUGUCGACAAGGAUGCCAAGAGAGGGACUGCAAUGGUUACCAUCGACAUUCGCGAUACAGGCAUCACCUUUUCACCUGGUGAUAGAAUGGCAGUCAUGCCGCUCAAUUCCUGGGAGGAGGUUGCAAAGAUGGUUGCAGCUUUAGGUCUCGACCAUCACCUCCGAGCCUCUGUUUACACCACUGGUACAUGGUCUCGCUUCGCUCAGCAUCUUUCUUCCGUUACUCGCACCCCCAACCGUCUCAACGUCCUUGAUGUCCUCCGCCGGGGCCAUCUAGCGCCCAUCACCAAGGAUCUCGCCGUCAAGGUCCACGAACUCCUCCACGCUUCUUCAAGCACCGUCUUGCAAGUCCUCGCUACAGACGAGUGGCCUGUCCGUGGCUCACUUGGUGAUCUCCUACAGAGAGCCAUCGUUGACACGCCGAGUCACAUCUGGGACAAGGCAUUCAGCCUUGACGACCUGGACUGGCUCACUGAACUUGUCACUUUGGAGGUCCCAAGAACAUACUCCAUCUCGAGCUACAGCAAUGAGCUUCUGCCGAGUACAGUCGACCUCACAAUCUCUCGCUCCGAGUAUGAUCUUUGCUCCAUGUUCGAUCAAGGGGAGAGUGUUGUUCGAGCUGGUGUGUCGAGUGGUUUCUUCAACCCUGAUCCUUCAGCAGGCGUUGACAGUGCGAUCCUGGCCGACGAUGUACUAGUCGGCGUCUCACGACCUGUGUCAUUCCAGCUUCCGAUCGACGACAUGGCUCCCUGCGCAUACUUCGCCGGCGGCAGUGGAAUUGCUCCAUUCCGCAGUUUCUGGCAACACCGACUUGCGACAUCUGGACUGUCUGGCGGCCGCAACCUUCUCUAUCUCGGAGUUCAGUCUCGUGAUAAGUUCUCCUACGAAACGGAGCUGCGCAAGCUCGUCAACAUUGGCUUCAUGGAAGUUCACCUUGCUCUCUCCCGAGACUCGAAUGGGUUGGUGUACGACGAUGUACUACGCGAUCUGGUGGACAAGGAGAUCCCUCCUCGAUACAUCGACACUUUGAUCAUUGAGCAGGGAAGUACUGUUUGCGACAUGGUCAUGUCGAAGAAGCAAGGUGGCUUGGGUGGAUACAUGUAUGUCUGCGGUUCUGUCUCCGUCUUUGACUCUGUCAUGAGUGGUAUUCGCAAGGCGAUCUACACAUAUCGCACUGCCACUAUGGAGACAGUCGACAAGAUCAUCAACAAGGCUUUUGCCGAGCGCCGAUUCAUGUUGGACGUGUUCAUGUCUCCACGAGCACUACCCGUCAACCUCCCCACCAUCUCCCAAUCCAGUCUGGCGUUGCACACUGGUCAUCGCAAGGGAGGCCGUAUGUGGAUUGCUGUGCACGGAAGCGUGUACGACGUUACGGACUUUUGUCCAAUGCAUCCCGGUGGAACACUCAUCAUCAAGUCUAACGCUGGAGUGGAUUGCACUAAGUCCUUCGACAACCUCGCACACACCAACAACCCCGAGGUAUCCAGUCUUCUUACGCGUUACUUCAUUGGUCACUUGUCGCCCAAGCCAGACUAUCGCGACAAGGAUGUUUCGACACUGCAUGAUCUUUGGUCAGCGUAUCUACGAACUACUGUUGAGACUCUUGUCGCUCAUCAAUUCGAGAUGAACGAUAUCAUGGGGGACACUCUCGAUGCACCUUCAAAGGAUGACCCCAAUGGUAUUACCAACAUCUGGCAGCGCGAAGACCUUCCCAACAUCAUCGCCAUCCGUACUUUCUACGGCUAUCAGAGUCGUCUCUUGCAGGGUGGAUUCGCUGCAUUGUUUGGCCCCAAGCUGGAGGAGCUCGUCCUGCGACUCUCAUUUGUCUUUGCAAGUGCUGGUGGGCCUGGAGCUGCCUACAAGCUUCCCGAUAUCCUUGGAGUCAUUGCUCGUGCAAAGACAAGCUCAGAUGCAGCUCUCAUCACUAAGGAAAUCAGCUCUCUUGGCGAUUUCAUCUGCGACCCGACAGCUCAACUCCGUUUCCAGGAGCGAGGCGUGUUUAGCUACACAGCCAAAUGCGUCCAACUCGACAUUGAACUCCUCGAGGAUCUGAGACAGGAAGCUUGCAACGGCAUGGAUGCCUUUGACAACAUCGCGUCCAUGCUAGAUCGUUCCGAUCCUGAUGCGACGCCUUUGGCUGCGCUUACUACAUUCUUGCUACGGACACUUGAGAAGAUGGCUCACCGAUUGGCCAUGUUCUACGCUCAGCUUGCACGUCUUUCGGUGUACCAGCCCGAGCUUGAACACAACCCUGCUCGUACUCGCUGGGCAUUCGUCAAGAAAUGUAUUCGCGACGGAACAUUCUUCGUGCUUACGAGGGAAGUCAGUACCGAGACGAUGCUGGAACAGAGCGAUUUCUACAACGCGUCCCAAAAGACACACUUUGAUGAGGUAGUUGAACAGAUCAACCAUCGUAUCAGCAUGGCGGUGGAGGAAGAACAACCAGAACCUGAACCAACUAGCGUUAAUGCGGUGCAUCAGGAACGCGGUAACAAUUUGAGCAACACGACGACUGUGGAUUCAACAGCAGAGCGACUCAACGUGGGCGCAGUAUCGAGCAUGUCCUCUUUUAUCCAGAAGAACAAGACUGCAAUCCGUCGUUUGAGUAACAUGCCGAACGCAUAUCAAUUGCAGAACCUCCAAUCAGCUCUGGCGUUUGAUCCGAACCAAAUGCUUAGUGCGCGAAUGAUGAUGAUGUCAGGCUACGCAUCUACUCCGAGUGUAUCAUCGCGCACUUCAUCACCAUCCUCUCGACGAACAUCUUUCAAUGCCGCAUUCAUCGGGAGGAGAAUCACUUUUGAAGAUGGAAGGAUUGAACAAGCGAUCACGUACACAGAGUGUUGCUUCUUCGUCGAGACAGAGCAUGAGUUUGGCAUCGUCAGUAGCAGAGAGGAGAAGCUUGAGUGUUUCGAGUUUGCGAAUGUCGAGAAACAUGAGCAUGAAUGGGAUUGCGGGAGUGAAUGCUUCGAGGGGAAGAAGUGA